AUGUUCGCUGCCAUCAAUUUCAUACACCGAUUCAAAAUACGAGUGCUCGAACUCAAGAAACUGUUCACAGAAUACCUCAUAAGUCAGUCUGGUUUCCCCACUUUCAACAAUCUCAGGUGCUUUGACGCAGUUGGAAGCGCGUCGGAUUUCAAAGAUCCCAUGUGGAUGAUGCGAGCAACUGUGGACGAGCACGAAGUCAAGGUAGCUGCCGAUGGAGGCGUGGAAGUCCUGAGGAAGCUAUUCUGUAUACCUCUGCCCGAGGAGCAUUCAACAUCCCCCUCAUCGUUGUCACUGGAUGUGGUGUUGGUGUCUUUUGACCUAGAGACCUCCGGACGCACGAGCAAGGGCCAGAGAGACAUUACCAAAGUCAACGAAAAAGAAGUCUCGGGCAUUCGAGAAGCUGGAUUCGCCGUACUUGACACCCGGUCCUUCUUUCCUCCGUCAUCCUCUUCCUCUCAGCAGCAGCCCGAUGCGUUGUUCAACGAGGCUGUCUAUCGGGACGGAAACGGAAUCAAGCACAAGCUCACACCACCGCUGAUAUCGACGAAACAGUUUUCCACUCUUCACGACUCUAAAGAUUUCGAAGACUGUGAUUUUACCAACUUCAGAGAAUGCGCCUUUGCCAAAACCCGCCAUGUGGAAAAAGAGCAACUGGUCGACACAAUUACGAGCUGCCUGCGGUUCCCAAGUACGACGGCGGGAAUGCGUGAGAUAGUCAUAGUCGGACAAAGUCCACAGAGGGACCUGGAAAUUUCUCGAAAGUUAGGCGUUGAACUUUCCAGCGUCUCACCCAUAUCGGCCGUCCUCGACACCCACAGGUUAAGCAGAUCCAUCCUCGGUCCGCACUCGCCUCUCGUCGUCGCGGGGCGGCGCCCAGCCCUGGAGAGGCAUGCUCUCCCGGACAUCCUCACCGAGCCCGGGGUUCCUUUCGACACACGAGACCUGCACAACGCCGGAAAUGACGCGACCUACACCCUCCAUGCCUUGAUCUUGUUGGCGGUCCGAUAUGCCGAGUGUGUGAUGGCGGAGGGAGAGCCGACGCAGGAACAGCUGGAGCACGUCGAGCGGCUGCGUGCGGUCGCGAGGGCCGAGUUCGAGGCCCCUAAGUGGAAAGCCGGUCAGGAGAGCUUUGGGUGCACAUAG